AUCCCCCAACACGAGCGGUUAGAAACCCUAGUCAAAACCCUCGCCCUCCCAAAAACUACUCACGUCUCGCCGCCCCGCCGUAUCACCCUUUCUCGGCGGCCGGCCUCUUCUCUUCACGGACUCGCAGGUCAUCGAGAUGUCGUCGGCGGAGGCGAAGGCCGCGGCGAAGGCGGUCCCGGAGUCUGUGCUGCGCAAGCGCAAGCGGGAGGAGCAGUGGGCAGCGGACAAGAAGGAGAAGGCCCUCGCAGACAGGAAGGAGGCGCUUGACAGCCGCAAGAUCAUAUUUGCUCGCGCCAAGCAGUACGCCCAGGAGUACGACGCCCAGGAGAAGGAGCUUGUGCAGCUCAAGCGUGAGGCUCGGUUGAAGGGUGGGUUCUAUGUGAGCCCAGAGGCCAAGCUUCUGUUUGUGGUCCGCAUCCGUGGUAUCAAUGCCAUGCACCCCAAGACCCGCAAGAUCUUGCAGCUCCUGCGUUUGAGGCAGAUCUUCAAUGGUGUCUUUCUCAAGGUUAACAAGGCAACUAUUAACAUGCUACGGAGGGUGGAGCCAUAUGUUGCGUAUGGAUACCCGAACCUGAAGAGUGUUAGGGAAUUGAUCUACAAAAGAGGUUAUGGGAAGCUGAACAAGCAGAGGAUUCCGCUUAGCAACAACAAUGUCAUCGAGGAGGGCCUUGGGAAGCAUAAUAUCAUCUGCAUCGAGGACCUUGUUCACGAGAUCAUGACGGUUGGCCCACACUUCAAAGAGGCCAACAACUUCCUCUGGCCAUUCAAGCUGAAAGCGCCCCUUGGUGGCCUCAAGAAGAAGAGGAACCACUAUGUGGAGGGUGGCGACGCUGGCAACCGUGAGAACUACAUCAACGAGCUCAUCAAGAGGAUGAACUAGGCUCUCUUGUAUCCUGUGAGAAUGCAUUCGAUGUCGGCAUGGAUAUGCAAUUUUGUUCCAUGGCUGUCAUACGUCACGACUUCAACUAGGAAAUGGGUCCUGUUUAUGUUUGCAGUUGCCUCUGUAGGUUUUAAUACAUCAAGACAUAAACCAA